GACGACCCGUGGGUGGAAAGCAGCAUGCGAGAUCGGAAAGGCCCAUACUGAUCAGAAUCACGUAGAUCUCGUGCAGUAAACAGCAUCAAAAUAGUCGAAUUCUGCUCACAGAAAUGGCGCCAAACGACAGCUUUUUGCCCGAAUACUGCACAGACACGACCAGUCUGUGGGUUUUUGGCUACGGUUCCCUUCUCUGGAAACCAAAUUUCGAGUAUUCGACGGUGGAAAUCGGUCAUGUCAAGGGGUAUGUUCGGCGGUUCUGGCAGGGCAACACGACGCACAGAGGAGUGCCAGGAAAGCCUGGAAGAGUCGUCACAUUAGUUGAACAAGCCGAGGGUGUGACGUGGGGUAUGGCCUUCCUUCUCCAGGGUGAAGCACAAAUUCUAGCAGCCCUUGGCCACUUGAACACCAGGGAAUGCAGACUGGGUGGUUACACAUUCCAGAACACCACUUUCUACGCCAGGGCUGGCUCGCAACACGACGUGGUGGUCUACACCGCUACGCCGGACUGCCCCCACUACAUGGGCCCCGCCCCGGUGCACACUAUAGCCACAGAGAUCCUGAGCUCCCGGGGGAUGAGCGGACACAACAUGGAGUACCUGUUCCAACUGGCGGAGACCGUACGAAGACUGAUCCCGGAGGAUGAGGACAAUCAUCUCUUUGAGUUGGAAUCUACAACCAGGAGAUUGCUUCACCGUCUCAGCUCCCGAACACCAUCCCAAGAAAUCUUUGCUCUUCCUGUCAAAUGCACAGAUGAAGAUAAUAAUAACAAUCUUAAAGCAUGGCCAUCUAGUACAUCUACUCUUACCAUCAGCCAUUAACAACAAUUAUCAGUAUUUUGGAUAUUUUUUAUUUAUGUUAGUAGAGAGAAAAGAUCUGUAUCAUUCUUCCAUCGAUGUAACAGCACCUGAGGCCAUGUGAAGUUCAACAAAAGUUAAAAUGUCAAUGAAAAUGAACUACGCAUGAAAAAAAAGCUGUUGACUGCACUUGUCAUAACAAAAUACACAGGGUAAAAUGGAGCAGACACAUGGCAACAGUAAACCAAAAACAAGGUUAUAUAUGAAGUUUAUCAUCUUGGCCAGUAAAUGUACAUAGCAUUGUAAUAUAAAGAUGUAGAUAUUGAAAAAAAAAAUAUUUAUUUUUAUUUAUUUAAAAAAGUGUAUAUGGACAAUAAACACUUUGCAUGAAUAUAACUUCUAAACGGCAAACAUUUCCUCUAACAUUUCCAGCUGUUUCAUAUUCAUGUAAUUCUUUUGUGUGAACCUGCGUGUUCCCUCCUGUGCAUGUUGUAUUUUGUGUGUGUAUCUCUGUGCCUUGAGCAUCUAAUCAAGGUGGAUCUGGGGCAUUAAAAAAAUGCUCUGUAUUAUUAUUAUUAAUGUGAAAUAUCGGCAAAUGCAAAUAAGCCCUGUCCCCAAUUUCAAUCUUGCACAGCUGUUGUGAAUGGCUGUUGUGGUGCUACUGUCAUGUUCACAAAGACUUCAAAAGCGACUGAAUUACCUUGAUGAGUUCAUGCUAAUGAGACGUUUUUAUUAUGGCAUUAAGCUGAAUGAAAAAUAUCAACAAAAUUGCACAAUUUAAACAUACCGUCUAUUCUAAAGAAAAA